UCAGUCCUCGUCACGCUGACCUGCUCCGUGUCGGACCGCGAGCGGACACAGUUAGUAGCGGCGGAGCGGUGACCGCGCGUCGGGGUGGAAACUAAGCGCACCAACCGGACCGUGUGUUUCUUUUUAACCGUUUUUUGGUCCCUUAAUUAAAUAUUUUUUCCCUCGUCUCCCGGUCGGUGCUCCGUCCUCCGCCACCCCGCACGACACGAGCCGGAGGAUGCUGUCGUUACAAGCCGCCCGGUGGUGACGUCCUCACGGAGUAACAGCGAGGUGUGACCCCGGUCCGCACGGGUGUCCAGCCCCCCCUCCCCACUUUCGCCUCCCCGAGAGAGAGAACGGAUCUCCGGGUCGAUGCGCAGCGCUGGUCACGACAUUACAACCGGACAGAAAUUAAGAAACGGAAUUGGAGGAAUGUGCCUGUCUUCUAGGAUUGUUUGAUUUAUUUCUACGGUCUUUCUUUGUUUUUUCCCGGCGUUGUGGAUUGUUAAUUUCGGGGUGUUGUUCGAUUUUCCAUUUUUUUUCUCACGGCUCCAUCUGGUUACCGAGGAGGAGCGGAGCCUGUAGCCGAGGCUGGAGCGCCCAGAGCCGGGUAACCGCGCGGCUGUCCCCCGGUCCAGGGCGAUCCCGAGGGGCGGAGCCAUGGCGGCGCCGAGGCGCUGCUCCCUCUUGUGCCUGGCGCUCGCCCUGCUGGCGGCGUGCGGCGCUGCGCCCUCCGACCUCCUGUACCGGGUCCCCGAGGAGCAGCCGCCCAACUCGCUGGUCGGCGGCCUGGCGGCGGACCGCGGCCUGCCGGACUCGGGCCACCUGUACAAGCUGGAGGUGGGGGCGCCCUACCUGCGCGUGGACGGCAGGACGGGCGACAUCUUCACCACGGAGGUGCCUCUGGACCGCGAGGCGCUGCGAGACUGCCGCCACGCCGCGGGCGGCGAGUGCUUCCUGGAGUUCGAGGUGUCCAUCACCGACAUGGCGGCGGGCUCGGGCCCCCGGCUCAUCGAGGGCCGCGUCCAGGUGCUGGACAUCAACGACAACACGCCGCAGUUCUCCUCGCCCAUCCUGGCGCUCUCCGUCCCCGAGAACACGCCCGUGGGCGCCCUGUUCUCCAUCCCCGCGGCGACCGACCGGGACGCCGGCGCCAACGGCGUGGCCGAGUACACGCUGAGCGCCGGGCCCGACGCCGACCGGCUGUUCGGCCUGCGGGUGUCCGAGGACUCUGACGAGAAGCAGCCGCAGCUGGUCGUCAUGGGCGACCUGGACCGCGAGCGCAAGGACUCGUACGACCUGAACGUGCGCGUGGUGGACGGGGGCACGCCGCCGCGGGCGAGCAGCGCCCUGCUGAGGGUCAGCGUCACGGACCAGAACGACAACGCGCCGCGCUACGAGAGGAGCGGCUACCAGGCGGAGCUGCCCGAGAACAGCCCGCAGGGACACUCGGUGCUGCAGGUUCGAGCCAACGACGCCGACAUCGGCCCCAACGGAGAGAUCGACUACAGCCUCCACCAGGCGUCGGAGGUGGUGCAGAGGCUGCUGCGCAUCGACCGCUCCACGGGCGUCAUCUACGUCAAGGGCCUGAUGGACCGCGAGGAGGAGAGCUUCCUCAAGUUCUUCGUGGUGGCCAAAGACCGCGGGCCCAACUCCAAGAGCUCCAAGGCGCUGGUGACCAUCACGGUCCGGGACCAGAACGACAACGCGCCGGCCGUGGAGAUCCGCGGCAUCGGGCUGGUGACGCACCAGGACGGCGUGGCCAACAUCUCCGAGGACAUGCCCGUCGGCACGGCCGUGGCGCUGGUCCAGGUGUCGGACCGCGACGAGGGCGAGAACGCGGUGGUGACGUGCGUGGUCGCCGGCGACGUCCCGUUCCAGCUGUGGCCCGCCAGCGAGUCGACCAACGACCGGAAGAGGAAGUACUUCCUGCAGACCACGACGGUGCUGGAUUACGAGCGCCUCCGGGAGUACAGGAUCGAAAUCGUGGCGGUGGAUUCGGGGAACCCGGCGCUGUCCAGCUCCAACUCCCUCAGGGUGCAGGUCACGGACGUGAACGACAACACGCCCGUCUUCGCCCCCGCGCGGCUCGAGGUGGACUUCGCCGAGGGCAACCGGCCGGGAGACACGGUGGCGUUCGUCGCGGCGACCGACGCAGACAGCGGCACCAACGCCGAGCUGGUCUACAGCAUCCUGGACCCGCCGGCCGCCCGGCUGUUUGACAUCGAGGCCGACACCGGGGAGAUCCGCGCCAAGAACCUCCUGGACCGGGAGGAGACGGAGCGCUACGAGUUCCGCGUGGCGGCGGCGGACGAAGGCGUGCCCGGCAAAACCGCCACCGCCACCGUGGUGGUCAACGUCCUGGACCGCAACGACAACGACCCCAAGUUCAUGCUGGGCAUCUACAGCUUCUCCGUCAUCGAGAACAUGACUCCGCUCAACCCCGUCGGCGUGGUGACGGUCACCGACGCCGACGAGGGCGAGAACGCCCGGGUGACGCUGUUCGUGGAACCGGACGACGGCAAGUUUGUGAUCCAGAACGGCACCGGGACCAUCCUGUCCAGCAUCUCCUUCGACCGCGAGAAGGAGAGCACCUACACCUUCCGCCUGAAGGCCGUGGACGCCGGCGACCCGCCGCGCUCCUCCUACGUGGGCGUGACCAUCAACGUCCUGGACGAGAACGACAACGCCCCCUACGUCACCAAGCCGGCCAACUCCUCCUACACCUACAUGUCCCCCGUCACGCCGCCGGACAGCGCCGUGGAGGCGGUGGAGGCCGAGGACAUCGACUCCGGGCCCAACGCCGAGCUGGAGUACGCCAUCACGGGGGGGAACCCGUACGGCCUGUUCCACAUCGCGCCCGACAGCGGCGAGAUCACGCUGGUGCAGGAGUUCACCGGCAAGCACAACGGGCUGCACCGCCUGGUGGUGCGCGUCGGCGAUAAGGGCAAGCCCCCCCGCCACACCACGGCGCUGGUGCACGUGUUCGUCAACGACACCAAGUCCAACGUGUCGCUCAUCGAGGCGCUGGUGGGCCACAGCCUCUACACGCCGCUGGACCGCGACAUCGCCGGGGACCCCGACUACGCCCUGGCCCAGCGCAGCAACAUCCUGUACGGCAGCCUGGCGGGGAUCGCCGGCGUGGUCCUGGUCAUCGUGGCCGUGGUGGUCAUCAGACACCGGCUGCAGAAGGACGCCAAGAGCGGCUACCAGGCCGGCAAGAAGGAGAGCAAGGACCUGUACGCGCCCACGCCGGGCGCCAAGGGCGGCAAGGCCAAGCGCAGCCGCAAGGGCAAGGCGCCCCGAGCGGCCAAGCCGCCGCCGGAGGAGGAGGACCCGGAGGCCGGCCCGCAGAAGGGCCUCCCGUUCAGCCACGCGGCCGAGGACGCCGGCGCCGGGCCCCGGAUCCACCUGCCCCUCAACUACCCGCCGGGCAGCCCCGACCUGGGCCGCCACUACCGCUCCAACUCGCCGCUGCCCUCCAUCCAGCUGCAGCCGCAGUCGCCCUCGGCCUCCAAGAAGCACCAGGCGGUGCAGGAGCUGCCGGCCGCCAACACCUUCGUGGGGACGGGCGACAACACGUCCACGGGCUCGGACCAGUACUCGGACUACAGCUACAAGGCCAACCCGCCCAAGUACAGCAAACAGGUAGGAGACCACGACCGCUACUGGGCCCGGCAGCCGCUGUGGUAGCCGGGACUCGUUCGGCCGGCCGGUAUCCCGAGGCCAGAGAGCCCCGCCCCCCCACAGCUGCUUCCAUCUUUGGUUCUGGUUGUGUUCUUCCAUUUG